AAUAGAAAGUUGUCAGGCGGGAUAUGGGAGGCAUUAGCUAACAGAUAACACACCUAUGACACAUUCACGAGUGUUUUCUGUCAGCCCAUACUUUAAAAUGUGCCAGUUUGGUAUCCGUCAGCAGUGACGUAUGUGGCGAACCGGUAACACCGGAACCGCUGUCACUGUUUUCAUUGCUGUUUGUGCUUAUUACGCGAAACUUUACUACGAGCCGAGGGAAGCAGAAAACAGAAUGUCUUCCACUCUUCCCCGUCACAUCAUCUGGGAGUCAGAGGGGCUGGUGGCGUACCUUCACCCGCGGCCCUGGACCCCUGGCUCUGUUAUCCUGGAGAGCAGCACCGCUGGCAGCCCAGGAGGAAGCAUCUUCCACCUGCAGGAGCCGGAGUAUUUAUCCUGGCUGCUGGGAGCGAGAGCUGUCGCUGAGCUGCUGUGUGACAGGUUGGGGGUUCGGAGGUGUGCGCUGGUCAGCAGACCGCACAAAGACAAACCUGCCCAGAUCAGUGUCCUCCCCCUUCAUGGUCUGGAUGCAGAGUGGCGUCCUCACCUGGCAGGUGAGGAGGAGCACAACGCCCACGACCCAGGGUACUGCACCUCCAAGACUGCCCCCCGAUGGAGCGACUCUAGCCUAACUGAAACCCAAACCAAGAUUCGAGCCAAACUCCCGUUACCUGACGCCCCUCCCAAUCUGACCUUCCUCGGGGACGAUCCGACUCAUCCUGGCCUGUUCUCGCGCAUUGUUCGAGGGGAGGAGCAGCAGUGGCGGGUGUGGGAGGACGAGGGUCAUGUGGCUUUUCUCACGCCUUUCCCCAACUCCCCUGGCUUUACUGUGCUGGUCCCUCGCCGACCUUUGACCUCUGAUAUAUUCAGACUAGAAAAAGCGGACUACGAAGGACUGGUGCUGGCAACCAGGAAGGUGUCGCAGCUUCUUGAGGAGGGGUUGGGUGCCUGUGGGGUGGGGCUUAUUUUUGAGGGUUUUGAGAUUGAUUAUGCUCAUGCCAAGUUGAUACCACUAUUUCAACCUUCAUCAUCUGGGACAGGAGAUGAUGUCGCUAAACCCAGAUCACCCCAGUUUUACCCCACUUACCCUGGAUAUGUGACCUCAGAAGACGGACCUGAGGCCAGCCUGGAAAGUCUGAAGGAGAUUCUUACCAAAAUCACUCAGAUUUAAAACUAAUAACCAAAGUUUGAUUCCUAUUUGUGUGCUUGUGUGAAUCAUGAAAGGAAUUCCUCUGUGCUUUAGGUGAGCGAGAAUAACAAAAACACAACUUAAAAUAUGGCGGUCAUUUUGCGAUGGGUCACACGACGCAGUCAUUGCUACAUUAUUGACGAGCGUCACAGCUGGUGUAAUCCAUCACAAGAUGGUCUGUAGUUUUACCUCAUGUCUUAGAGUGGACGGGAAUGAUUUAAACUGGGAUACAGUGAUCCGUGACUUAAACUAAUGUGAGCCAGGAGCGUAAACUGGAGGGCAAAUGGGUUGUUCCCUAAUUCCAACCUCUCUAUUUCCAACCCCCCUUGCUCGGACCACACGCGUCUACAGACUUGGCCUUCAUUUUGAUUCCAACUACACACCUGUAAAUUUUCAUGACUGUAUCUUGCACGGUUGAGACGCUAUAUCAGUAACAUCUGUCCACAGACGGACAGAUAAUCACCUGCCAAAGGACUCAAAACCACCUCUGUGGUAGUUCCUGCUGCAGUAGGUGUAUCCAGCAUUUUUGUUGCCAGUACUGUGUGUACUGGAUAAACUUGUUUUAUAAGUGGACGUCAUUAUAAGUCGUGUCUUCAGACAAUCACUGAGCACAGUGAUGCUGCUUGGCAGUGUAUAAUCAGCCGAGUAAAAUAGUGCCAAGUGAAGUGAUUUGUUGCCAGUCGAGUGGAACAUCACAUUAAGAAAUCAAGCGUCUGAUUAAACAAUUAAAUCAAUGCGGAGGCUGCAAAACCAGCAGUGUGCUUCUAUCAGUUGUGCAGGAAACUGAAUACAAUCUAAGUUUAAAAAAGUUGCAUGUGAUAAACUGAUUGAACCAAAAUGUAAAAGUGAAGUAUAGCUGAUGGUUUGUACAAAUGAGAAGCUCUGUCUAACCAAAAAUACAAGAUGCCAUAUCAUCAAAAAUAAGUCCUGUCAGCUCAUACAUAUUUUGAAAUGUAAUAUAUGCGAAAUGAGACUCAUUAAUAUGUGUAUUUUUAAAUAGUAAGCCUUUUUUAU